UCCGUAGACGCUCGAUCCUGGCGUAGUGGAAAAAUUAAGCAAUUUUCAACAGUCGUGCUCAAUACACAAAUGUGUUAAAUGUGAAUAGCUUCCGCCCUGCGUUCUUUUCUGUUACGCGGUGAGUUUUGUCCGGGAAGCCAAAGGGAAUCCCCGUCGAUUCCAAUGGAGAAAACGAACAGAGGUAGCUGGGCAACAGGAACGGGCGAAAGCAGUGGCCACGAACUGCCCAGCACAGAUCGAGUAUCCAAAUCGGCCACAGCUCCCCGGACGCGGUUUCCUCUGUCGAGCGCCGCACCGACAGCAGAGCGGAAUUAUCGUUUCAAUUGGUUUUUAUCGCUCCGAAGGGAGCGCCCGAUAGUGUCGACCGCCGCAGGCACAACAUCCCUCGGUAGGAAAAAUGAUGGUGGUGGAACUGUCAAGGAAGAAGGAUUGUUUAUAAAUGAUGAAAACAAUCACAGCGGCCAGCAGCACCAGGGAAGCAGCGUGUUUUACACUCUUCGGAAGCGAUUCCAGAAGAAAUUCACCUCGGUCAAAGUGAAAGCAUUCGAACAGGACCCCUCGGGAACGCUAGGCACCAGCAGCUCAAAUGCGAACAGCAAUAACAACGCCUCAGGUCAGUGCAAUGGCACUGCGCGUGACGCGGGGUCGUGUAUUGGAGGAAACGACUUCGCCCGGAUCGUGAUCGAAAGGCACACGCAGAACCCGAUACGGUUUUCCGCACCCAAUGCCAACCAACCUGUGAUACUGAAUAGAGAUACCAUACCAAAUACGAGUGCGCCUCUGGCGGAAUCUGAGGCGGACACGGUUGACGACAAUCGACAAAAUAUGGACGACAUGAUGAUCCGGAUGCGCGAAGACUUGCUGCAGUACGGAUGGUACUGGGGUAAGCUGACCCAGUCCGCCGCACAGAAGCGGCUGGCGAAGCAGGAAACUGGCACGUUUCUGGUGCGGGAUUCGCAAACCGAAAAGCACCAGUUUACUGUCAGCUUCCGUAGUUCCGGCAUAACGCUGCAUUGCCGAAUUGAUUUUGAAAAUAACUACUGGUCAUUCUCGGGGCUACCGACAACAACCAACUACAAAACACUGGUCGACCUGGUGGAGGACACGAUAAAGAAAUCUGAGUACGGUGUGAUAGGCUACGUUAGGCAGGACUCGAAAUUUAUGCCCCCAUUUCCUGUACGGCUUACCAAGCCGAUCAAUCGAUUCUACGAAGUUUCCACACUACAGCAUUUAUGUCGGUUUAUUAUACGACAAAAAAUUGAUCCUAAAGAUAUUGCCCAACUGCCGCUGCCGGAAAAGCUAAAAACGUACGUGGAGGAAAACUUCUACGACCUGUAGAGGAGGAAGGUCAUUUGGAAGGAAAGGUGAAUCAACUGGUCGCGUUACGCCCGGCUGUAAACUGUACCAGUGAAAUCUCAGUAGGUUUUUACAUUUUAACUCACUUCAUGUAAAGCUAGAGUCGGACUGAUAAGAGUAGCAUGAAUCACGGCACGAUUCACAAAGGCGGAUACGCACAACUCUCUUCUAAGCUCUUACCUUUCGCUCCGACAACUAGCCAGUAAAUUGAUGCGGAGCAAUGUUAGCCGGCGGUAAAAUUCGCUACACCAUUAUGUUUCCUUCCACAGAUAGUAACGAAUGAUGUGUACAUAACAUUACUUUCUUUGUCACAAUUGUAUCACCAAAGAUAAGCAGACCGAAUUGAUCGACUACAUAAUAAAGAGAAAAAAAUAUAAAAGUGAGCAAA